UAGUGUCAGAAGCUGAUCCCUACCCAGCACACAAAGUUUAGUGCUUGCUCUGUUGCCUAGCAACCCACGUGUGACUGUAAAGCUGAAGAGUUCUGAGGCAGCAGAGUGGAGGUGAGUGAGUGAAACUGAAAAUGUGUGUGUACACAGCUGUAGAAGAAGUUAUUGGGUGGAGGUGAGCCGCACUUUGAAUCAUGAAAAAUGAGCAGAAGUAUGGAGGACUCUCCACGCGUUGACGUCUGUAGGCUGUGAAAUGUACUGGUGAGAGGCUUCGAGCUGAACGGCCAGUUCACAGGAGCUGGAGCUGUUGACGGUGCGUUUCCAGAACCGAAGACUCAUCGCCCAGUUAACGUCAAGUCGAAAUACCCAAAAUAUGUAACAUGGCCAAGGGGAAGGGAGCCAAAGGGACAAAGCUGACCCUGAAGAUUGCCAAAAAGGCGAUAAGGAUGGCCCCGGAUGGACGGCGCAGACUCACCCUUAGCAACAUGGGGAUAACCAUCUUCCCGAAGUGUCUCCUAAAACUGAAGAACGUGGACGAGUUGGACCUCAGUCGCAACCUGAUACAGAAACUCCCAGAUAACAUUGGGAGCUUCUCUUCAUUGAGAGGAUUGGAUCUGCACAGCAAUAAACUGGAGUCUGUGCCCGAGUCCAUCGGCAACCUGGUGGGACUGACCCACCUCAACCUUUCAAACAACCGCCUGAUCUCUGCGGGAUUACCGUCCACGUUAGGUUCUCUCACCAGCCUGAAGAGUCUCAAUCUGGGAAUGAACCAGCUAGACAACCUUCCUCCCACUAUGAAGGCCCUAGAUAGUCUUCAGGAGCUGGGUCUGUUUGACAACCUCUUUAUCAGUCUACCAGAGUUUUUGAAAGUGCUAAGCAACCUCACAAAGUUGAACAUGAAACACAAUCCUCUAUCCCAUGUUCAGGUGGAUGGUGAGAGGAUGGAGAACAAAAACUCUGAGGCAGAGGAAGAUAUGUAUCUGGUCCAUGAGAGCAGCCUGUGUAGGACAUGCCUCAAGAGAUGCCAAGAGCAUAGGGAUGGGGUUGCGGGAGGAAGAGGAGGAGGAGGAGGGGACGUGUUAGAGGAGAUGAGGAUUUAUCGCGGACUGAUGGUACCAAACUCCGUGGCAGCAGUCAAUCAGGACGUGUGGAGAACGAGAAAGGUGGAAUGUGAGCCGAUCAGAUGAGCAAACAGCGUAACAGCCCAUAGCACGACUGGAAUGCAGCUCUAAAAGCUAGCAUUUGCAUCGUAUACCUACCCGUAACCAAUGUUAUAUGUAUACACAGUUAUAAUUGAUGAAAUAAAACGAGUGACUGCAUUAAAGUGAAAUGAGUCUGUUGGAUGAUU